AUUUUAUUUCACCCUCAGAACACCUCUUCUUGUCUUCUUGUCUCAUAAUCGUUGAUCUCCUUCUAUUCAACCAUGCCCCUCAUGGAUCCAGAGGCAUCUUCGGCCCCCGUGCCACAGAGACUCCCAUUUCCGCCGGUGACUUACUCUCACAUUCUACACUGCUCCUAUCAUUACUGGCAUCCUCUAUACCGCUCUAUAACUCCCAAAGCUCGAACUAUUCCACUUACAGGGCCGUUCGUUUCGUAUCUCCGCGCCGAUGGAAUCGUCCUCCCACCUGAAGAUACCCCGCCCUCCGAAGACGACGAUCUGGACUCAUUCUCAGGAUCCGACGAAGAAGCACCAGACCCAUCAACAGAGUGGAAAGAGAUACACUCGCGCAUUCAGGCCACAAUAGCCGAGUUUGGAGGGAAGGUAACGCCGAAACUGAACUGGAGUGCGCCCAAGGAUGCAGCCUUCAUGUCCGCCACGAACGACUUGCAAUGCCGAACUGCAAAUGACAUCUACCUCCUUCUGAAAAGUAGCGACUUCAUCACUCACGACCUGGAGCAUCCCUUCGAUGGCUGCGUCUCUGAUGAAGAAGCUGCCGCGGCAACAGCACCAGACACGCAGCUCGUGCGAGCCACCCCGAAACCUGACAUUCCCUACCACCUGGUCCUGCGCAAGUACGUAAAUUUCAAUCCCUCACUAGAGUUCCGCUGUUUCGUGCGCAACCAUGUCCUGCUAUGUAUCUGUCAGCGGGAUCAGAACCAUUUCGAUUUCCUCUUUCCCAUGCGCGAUACUCUCCGGGCGAGGAUUCAGGCUUUCUUCGACGAGAAGCUCAAGGAUACCUUUCCCGACCCGAACUUCGUAUUCGAUGUCUACAUCCCUCCGCCUCACAAACGAGUCUGGCUCGUGGAUGUGAAUCCGUGGGCUGAGAGGACGGAUCCCUUGCUCUUCAGUUGGCUGGAGAUCCUCAGAAUGAAAGAUCCCGUCGGAGUCACCGAGGAGGGUGAGACUGAUGAUCCUGAUACCCCAGAGGAGCAAUUCGUCCGCCUAUCCCUAAAUAGAAACAAUUCAUGUCCGGAAGAGCCGAGCGAAAUCUCGGAGUCCGAAGGUGAUAGUGGCAAUAAUGAUGAGGAAGAGGCAGCCCCGCUAUUUGCUGAGUUCCGACUUAUCAAGCGUGACGACCCCGAAGCAUACGCUUUCACGACAUCGCAGUACUCGGCGCACAAAUUGCCGCGGGAGGUUGUUGAUGCGUCGAUUGCGGGACCGGGUGGGAUGAGAGAAUUCAUGGGGCAAUGGCAGGAUAUUCUGGCUAGAAGGACACAGGAGGAUCAAGAGAGUGAUGAUGAGUAA